AGGGACUUGGCUCAAAUGAAGCUGAAACAGCGCUACGCGUACCAAUUUGCAGUAUAUCAUCCUGCAGUUGUCUCACAAUUCAACCGGUCCCUUUUUCCAGAGUGGCCGUUGGCUUUUGUGGCCGUUGCCAUGGCGAAACACCUUACCCGAGGAGCCAGUGACAUUUUUGCAUCCGUAGUCUACGACGAGAAAGUCAAGGACACCUUGGUUGGUGUCUACAUCGUUCCAUUCCUCUACUUCAGAGAAGUGUUGGAUCUGGAGCUGGUAAGGCAAAGGCUCCUUGAGAAGUUGAUGCCCAUUGCCCGGUUCCGCAGCAGGGUUGAGAGCGUGCCUGGGCCGCUGGGUUGUAAUUCUGUCUACGUGGAAUUGGAUCGCAAGACGAUGGAGGCAUCCCUGAGCGAGUUGGUAUCGGCUCCAGCGGGAUUGACCACCGAAGCGGACCUAAAUCGCUUCGUGUCCGGCCUGUAUGGCCAAACCUGGGAUCCCGCGCUCCCACUGUGGAGGGCCUAUGUCAUCAACCACCUGGAGGAUGGAAGGAGCCUGUUGAUGAUGAAGAUCGACCACGCCAUGGCAGAUGGGGUGGCCCUCUUGGAUGUGCUCUAUCACAUCAUCGACUCAUAUGAUGGUCCAGUCAUAGAGAUGAAAUCUGCGCGAAGCCCAUCGGCUGACUCUGGGUGCUUUGACUGUGAUAGCUGCUUGUUGCACCUCCAGGGCUGGUGGCGCGCCAUCUGGAAGCCUUUCAUCGGAGAGCUUCUGCCGGGGGAUCCCCCGAAUCGCUUGAAGUUCAAAGAUGCCAAAGUGGCUGGGAGGACCAAGGCUGUGGCGUCCACCCCGGGGAUUGACUUGGAGGAGAUCAAGGCUAUCAAGUCCAAGAUCCGAGGAGCCACGGUGAAUGAUGUGCUGAUGACGCUGAUGUGUUUGACCUUGAGGAAGUACUUCCAGAGAUACGAACCUUCCACCUUGAAGCAGUCAGUGACUGCCACAAUCCCCGUCAGUGUGCGAAGAGAGGGAGAGGAGGAUAUCUUCAAUCCAAUGUUCUUCGGCAACAACUUUUCACAGGCUCAGAUCAGUUUCCCCCUGGAGGUGGAAGAUCCCAUGGAGGCCUUCCGGCGUGUGAAGUCUCAGAUUGACGUCAUCAAGGUGUCUCCGGAGCCCCACCUUCGCCUCGGCUUGAUCUCGUGCCUAACUUCCUGUGCCGUUCCUCAAAGUUUGCUGGCGUCGGCGAUGAUGGACCAGUUCGGUCGAGUCACCGCCACCUUGUCCAACGUCAUUGGCCCCUUGCGGGAGGUGCAAUUCCUAGGCCAGGCCGUGGAUGACUUGUCCUUCUACGCCAUGGUUCCCUUGGGGCUCUACCUGGGGGUGGUGCAGUACAAGGGUCGCAUCAAGGUGGGCAUCUGUUGCGACGGCGAGUUGGAGCCGGAGCCUACGCGCCUGGCCGAGUGCUGGGAGGAAGCCUUGCAGAGCCUCAAGGCCGCGGCUGGCAGAUGACAAAAGUCGGCCGCCACUUUUUGCCGCGGCCUGCGCCUGUUUUCUCCUUUUAAAAUAGCGGGGCCCCAGAUGAAACCAUCGAAAGCCGCAAGUGGAUGGGUUGCCCCGCUGACGAGUUCAGGUUUAAGUUGGAACCAUU